UGAAAAGCUGACAUAAAUCUGGUAGACUGGCUUUUGUUAUCAAUCAAAAGCGCCACUUGGACAGGUUAGAUGAAAAAUACAAUGAAAUGACACAGAAAGAGUUGCGUGCUACCAAAUUAAAACGUAACAUGAGUCAUGUCUUUCCAAAAAAAAUUCGUCAAAGCAUUACAUUUUAAUAAAUAAACAAUUAAUUUGAUUAACUUGUGUUUUCCCUGCGAUAUGCCCUUUGACUACGACUCCUCUGCCAAACACGAAGAGUGCGUCUCUAAGUUUGAUGAAGCCAAACGAGAUAAUCGAAGAGUGGCCAAUCGGUUUUCAGUGAUGACUAAACACCUGAGCAGAUGCCGACACGACAAAGAGCACGCAUUUAAGAACCAGAUGAGACAGUUCUCUCGACAGUACGCCUAUCUGGAAAACAUCCCUGCCACAGUUCACAGUCACCUCUCAGACAGAGAAAUAGACAGACUGAGUCACAGGACCAGUAUGUUGAUGGGUUCAGAAGGAGGACCAGUGAUGAACCCAGAGAAGACCAACUUCUACCGGAGACUGAUAGCGGCCCACAAAUACCUGCCAAGACCAGAAGAUAGACGGUUGCUCACCGACGACAGAUUGGUCAAAUUCAAUUGCCACAGGAAGACAGAGGCCAACUUCGUAGGAACUGAUGCAGACGUUAAGGCCGAUCAGUAUUUGAGAAACCAGAUAAUCCAGAAGAGGAUCCGAAACUGCCGCACUGCCCUGGCCAGAGCAUCCACGGAAGGCAACAGGCUGUGCGACCAGUUCGACUCAUACAAGGAAGCCGGCUUUAGGGCACAAUCAGUCGAUAUCCCAAAGACACAGCUUCUGAUAGGGGAGAAGAAACACAAAAACCUCGGCAUUAAAACAGAUUUGGAGGACAUUAGUGUGUCUGAAUUGAAUACAUUUGUGCAUUACUUCGAUCACGUGCGCACUGGCAACGCUAGACGCAGUGGAUCCCUGGAGCCGGAGAAGUUGCCGGACUUACCGAACCAGCUGAAGUCCAAGACUACGGCGGAGCAGAAGGAUGUGUCUAUCAUAGCAGCCCGAUACACAGUUGCCAACAAAAACUGAUCGUCCAAAGAACUAAUUUCUGCAAAUGAAAUGUUGGUGUGCGAUAAAAUUUCGCCCUAACUUUAGUACUUUUCGCCUCUACUGGAUUUUUGUAGCGUCUUAUUGUAGCGUGAUGCGACAUCCGAUAACACUAGUAUCACAUCAAACUAUUCCUACCUUGACGCUCAUAUGCAGUUUUUUGCACGACUAUUGAAACGAACCGGUCCACGAUCAGGCUAGGCUCAUAUGAAAGCUCCUGUGCACUUAUCUUUUCCGGGAUAUAUUGAGAAUUGCAAAAAA